GUCAGAACCGAGGAACCGGGUCGGUCCAACUCAGACUGGAGCCAACAGAGACCAAGGAGACUGCUUCUACUGCCGGGAAGGAUUUGAAGAAGAAACAGAAAUCCUGGAAGAGGUUCAGACUCUCUGAUCAGAAGAGCUUCAUAUGAGCAGAAAGAGAGAAAGAGGGAGAGAGGGAGAGAGAGAGGAGCUGGAAGGACGCAGAGGAGGACGGAGCAUGAAGAGGCAGCUGCAGAUCUGAAAACCGGUUGCCAUGGGAAACACAGACAGUCACAGCAGCUUCAGUUCUCCGGUCAAACCCUGCGGCUCCCUCCGGUUCUCCACCAAGAGGGAAGAGGUAACGUCGGCCCGUAGCUGGUGGCGGAGCAGCCAGAGCCGGGGCCAGGGCCACCGGGGCCAGCUUGCCUCCUGGCAGUACGAGUCCACGCCCAGAGGGGGCGCCAAACAGACUGCGGGUUCCCCUCAGUGGUUCAACCAAGGCGACCGGACGCAAGAUGGCCGUAGGAGUCCGUUUGGAUUCCAGGGGCCUCCCGGUGAUCAGGCGUCCCUGCAGUGUGGCGGCAGUCCCAAGGUUCUGCUCAGUAAAGACGGCAGCAUGAGGGUGGAGUUUACCAACGCCAGGGUGGUUCCUGUUGAGCCGCAGGGCCCGCCGCCCGCCAGCCUCAUCCCAGAGUCGUCCCAGCGCACCAGCAAGGGCAGCUCGCUGAGCUCAGAGGGGUCCUGGUACGACUCGCCGUGGGGCGCCGCCGGCGAGCUCACCGACAGCGUGUUCGUCUGCGGGCAGAGCGUCGACACCAGCAGCGGCUACAACACCUGCUCUUCCACUCAGGUGGAGGACGUCUCACCUGGGUUUAGCUCCGCCCUCCUCUUCCCUCCAGCAGAGGGCGCCAAAGGCCACAACAGCUGCUCCUCUGGCCGCACUGAGGACAGCGGCAUCGGGGACUCUGUCAUCCUUCAGCCUGACCUCCAUGACCUCAACCUGGCGGCGCCGUCAGGCUUCCACAGCAGACACAACGCGCUUCCAGCCUUUCCAACGUCAGCGGACUCUUUCCUGCAGGAGCAGCUGCUACCAACCAUGGACAACGUCAUCCAGGAGGAGGCGCCGUCUGCUGCAGGCUUCCAGCCGCGCUACUUCUCUCACACGCUGCCCAGUCGUAAAGCCGAGCCUGUGAACGCCGCCGUCUCCGGGAACAACCGGAAAGACUUCCUGAAGAGUCGGAUCCGACAGCUGAGCGACUGGACGGGCAGUUUGAGCCGCAAGAAGAGGCGGAUCCAGGAGCCGCACAGCAGCAACUCCUCCGGCGUCUUCAUCAACAGCCUGAAUGCCGGCGCUCCUUGGCCUUCCAACCCUCUCCUCCAGUUCAGCCAGAACCAGUUCCUCCCGCCCAACUGGGACUUCUGCAGGAGCCUGGAUCAGAACCAGAGCAGCGACGCUCAGCGGCAGAACGUCUACAGGAGCUUCAUGCAGGAGCUGGAGACGGGCUGCGGCGGCGCGGCCGACCGGACCGAACCGUCGGAGGACGACGACGACGCAGAGGAGGAGAUGGAGGAGGAGGUGGGAGGAGGAGAUCUGGACGGGUUGCUGGAGGCGGAUCAGGGCGCCGUGCGGCGCGCGGGAUGGCUCUACUUCAAAGCGCUCAUCACCGUCAGCAAAGACAGGAAGCUGGAACUCGUCGCCCGCCGGAAGUGGAGGCGCUACUGGGUCACACUGAAAGGCUGCAGUCUGCUGUUCUAUGCGACGUUCGGGCGGAGCAGCGGCGCCGAGCAGGACCUUUCUCCUCGCUACGCUCUGUUAGCGGACGACAGCAUCGUCCAGGCCGUCCCGGAGCAUCCGCGCAGGGAGCACGUCUUCUGUCUGAGCAACUCGCACGGAGACGUCUACAUGUUCCAGGCCACUAACCAGACGGACCUGGAGAACUGGGUGACUGCGAUCCACUCUGCCAGCGCCGCCCUGCUGGCCAGGCGUCAGGGGAAGGAGGACACGCUGCGGCUGCUGCGCUGCCAGAGCCGCUCGCUGCUGCACAAGAUCGACAUGGACGGGAAGAUGAAGAAGAUGGCCGAGCUGCAGCUGUCCAUCAUCAAGGACCAGAAGAACCGGCGGGCGGUGGAGAGCCAGAUCCAGCAGUGGGAGCAGAACCUGGAGAAGCUGAACCUGGACCUGUUCCGGCUCCGGUGUUACCAGUCCAGCCUGCAGGGCUCCGAGCUGCCCAACCCAAAGAGCCUGCUGGCCGUGGCCAGCCGCCCCUCCAAAGCCUCACUGGGAAGACUGGGAGUCUUCUCCGUCUCCUCCUUCCACGCUCUGGUGUGCAGUCGUGAGGACGGGACGCUGCGGCGGCGCUGCAGGUCUGUGUCGGGAGGCCGGCGGAGAGGCCUGCCGUCCUCCCUGAAGGUUCUACCCAAACCCAUCCAGGACGGGAAACUCUCGGACCACCAGGUUUUGCAUCGUCACGUCUCGGCGCCGUCUGCUCAGUCCGUUCCUGCUGUCUGCUGGUCAGACACUGUGACCUGCGUGUCCAAACAAAGUGAGGUGCUGCCCUCUGCAGGACAUGUGGAAGAACUGCAGCUGAGCGAGGAGCGUCUUCCUCCAGCUGCUGGAGUCUUCAGCCUGAACGUCUGUCGCCCAAACACACACCAGGACUUUGGUUUUGCGGUGACGGGUCACGUGGACGGAGCGGGUAAAAGUCACGUGUUCGUGAGUGACGUCAACCCGCUGGGCCUGUCGGCCAGUCGAGGCCUGCUGGCCGGAGACGAGGUGCUGGCAGUGAACGGGUCGGCCGUGUCCAGACUGGACCUGGAUCACCUCCAGACUCUCUUCAGACACCAGAAUCUCCUCCUGCUGCUGAGGAGAGACGAGCUGCCGGACGCGGAGGAGCCCACCAUCACAUGGCCUGACCCCUCUGACCCCGCCGACCUCUGGGUCAAACAGUCCGACCUGCACACCUGGACCUCAGAUGCUGCGCCCCCUGCUGGUAGUGAUCUGUCAAUGCCACUCCCUCAGGAAUCACCUGAACAGAACACGGACCAGGUUUUCUCCCUGUACCAAACCUUCCCAGAGAGCAAAGCGCCGGACAUUGACGUUCCCAGAAACCCGUACGUCAGAGAGGAAAGUCUGCAUCCGCCAAGCCCCGCCCACCUGAGCGUCUGUCAGCGGCUGCGGAAAGUCAUCCAGGAGCUGGUCAACACGGAGAAGUCCUACGUCAAGGAUCUGGUUUGUCUUUUUGAAAUCUACCUGACGCCGCUGCAGAACGAGACGUUCCUCAGUAAAGACGAGAUGGAGGCGCUGUUCGGCAGUCUGCCGGAGAUGUUGGACUUUCAGAGAGUUUUUCUCCAAACGCUGGAGGAGAGAAUCGCUUCCUGUCCGGACUUCAGCAGUUUGGAAACUCCUGAGCAGUUUAAGAUGCUCCUCUUCUCGUUGGGUGGAUCCUUUCUUUAUUACGCCGACCACUUCAAGCUCUACAGCGGAUUCUGUGCAAACCACAUCAAGGUCCAGAAGGUUCUGGAGAGAGCAAAAACAGACGCAGCCUUCAAGCACUUCCUGGAGACGAGGAAUCCGACCAAUCAGCACUCGUCUUCUCUGGAGUCGUACCUGAUCAAACCUGUUCAGAGGGUCCUGAAGUAUCCACUGCUGCUGAGGGAGCUGGUGUCUCUGACUGACGCUGAGAGCCCCGAACACACACACCUGACAGAGGCGCUGAGAGCGAUGGAGAAGGUAGCGAGUCACAUCAACGAGAUGCAGAAGAUCUAUGAGGAUUACGGCUGCGUGUUUGACCAGCUGGCAGCCGAGCAGACCGGCGCUGACAAACAGGUCACAGAGAUCUCGAUGGGGGAGUUCCUGGUCCACUCGCCGGUGGUCUGGUUGAACCCUCUGCCGUGUCUGCGGCGACUGAGGAAGGAGCCUGAGCUCACGCUGUUCGUGUUCAAGCGAGCCGUCAUCCUGGUUCAUCGUGAGAACAAGAUGAAGAAGAGAAUGACCAGUUCCCGCUCAGCCGAUCUGAACCCCUUCAGGUUCCGUUGGCUGAUCCCAGUUUCAGCGCUUCAGCUCCGGCCGGCCAACAUCCCAGGUUCAGAGGACCCGGGUGUGUGGGAGCUGGUUCACAGGAGGUCGGAGGUCGAGGGUCGACCAGAGACUGUCUUCCAGCUGUGCAGCAGUGAUCUGGAGGCGAAGGCCGCUUUGCUCCGCGCUCUCGGCUCCCUUCUCAAAGACCAAGCUGCUAGCGGCUCCCUGAGGAGAACCCGGCCAUCCGCCGCCGAGAGGAGCGCCACCUGGAGGAGGAGGCCCAGACCCGGCCGCGCCGACCUCCAGAGAACCGCUCCUCAUCCGCCGACGGAGCGCUGCGGCGCCCUGGAGGAAACCUGCUCCGAGCCGCCGCUGCCGACCCACGCCGCCUCCUCCGGGAUGAGGCCCAGACUCUGCUCCCUGACCGGAGAGCUGGAGGCGCAGCUGCAGCGCCUCAACUUCUCUGAGGAGGACCAAGGAGCGGCGCAGCGCCUGGACGAGGACAGGAGGCGGACCUCCAGCCUGCAGCGGGGUGCAGCCGGGGAUGGAUUGGACUUCAGCAGCUUUGUGGGGAGAGACUUCAGCAUUCAGAGCAUGACGUCCAUGAUCAACGAAGACUGCUUCUACGACCCGGUGCUGGCGAUCCAAACGGACAACAUUAACCUGCUGACUUGAACCUUCAUCUCUGUCUUCUGAUUGGACCUGAGGGAAGUUGGAGCCUCCACCUUCAUCAAAUUAAAUGUUUCUGCUGCAAAAACUCUCAAUCCUAUCAAAUAUUUUUGGUCUUGCUUCUAGAGCAAGUAUCUUAGUAAAUUAGAUUAAAAUUUCUUUGUAAGAUUUUAUGUUCUUGUCGUGUUUUUGCAGCAAAAACCAACUUCACUCAGGUCCUGAUUGGCUGCUAUAGAAACGCCUCCAGCUGAUUAAACCAGCAGACGUUUCCAGACGCUGGAGCUCAACAAAGUCCUGAAUUAACAGACGAGGAAUUUCUUUUAAACCGGAUCUGAAUCUGGAGUUUCUUCCCUUCAAUGUGGAAAAAUGGAGAGAAAACAGAGAAUACGGAUUUUAAGCUGAAUUUCUUUUAAUGUUUUCAUCAUGAAAAACAGAAACUGUCUAAAAACUGAUGUGUCUGGUUUUAGCUCCAGUUUUUGUCUCAGACAUUUUUUUCUCAGAUGACAAAAGUAUAUUUGUGAAAAUUACAUUUUUAGUUUGUAAAAUAUCACUAUAUUAUUUGGACGUUUUUGUAAGUUAUUUACGUUUUAGAGCUAUAGUCAGUUUUUCAUGUAAAAUAAUUUAUUCAUAAAAUAUUUGUUUAGUUUUGUCAAAAACUGACUUUAAAAUUCAAAGUAUUUUAGGUAUUUUUCUUUGAUAAUUUUGUAUUAAUUUAAAGGGUGGAAAUAUAUUUUUUAAUAAGUUUUCUAUACUUUAUUUAAAUUAAUUUCCUGAACUGUUGUCUGGGAGCAGAACCUUUGAGAUCCAACAAACCGGCACCAGCAGGAAGUCUAAAACCGAAUAAAUAAUAUUUUUAUUCUGUUUCAGACAUUUUUUCUCUCUUAUUCAUAUGAAAACACAUAAACCAGAAGAGACAAACUGGAAACCAUGGAAACAUUUCUGUCUUUUACUCAGAUUUAUUUAUUUUUCAGUUUGUCGCAUUUAUAAAGAGCUGAAGAGAAGCUUGGUCACUGGAAAACUUUGAUUUUCCAUUUUUAUAUCUCCUAAAUGUCUGAAAAGAAUCACCAAGUGAAACCAGCCGAAUGUUGAUGUUUGGAUCCUGAAUAUUUUUUUAUAUUUUAUAAAUUCUGUUGUAAAUAUCCGUCUAUGUGCAGCUUCAGCUCCAGUUGUAAAUAUUUUUAUUUGACAAAAGCAGUUUCUGGAUAAAAAUCCAGAGCCGCUGCUUCAUAUUAAAGCCUUUUGUACGUCUGUCACCAUCUCUAUUUAUAUUGUUUUUUUAUAAUGUUUAUUUCUAUUGAAAGACAACUGUUUCAUUAUUAAAUGAAAAAUUGAGAAUCUCA